GGGCUCCGUUAAUAUUUAAUCAGGUAGGAUCAUCCGAUAGGGCUCAGGUGGCGUGAUCUCCCGGACCCUGGGCGUCGCGCACCCACACCCCGGAAGGUUUCCGCCGCGGCGUCGAGGCGCGCGCGGCUGCAGGCGGGCUCAGGCUCAGGUCGGGUCCGAGCCAGGAGGGGCGAGCCAGGCAGUGAGACGGCCCGGGGCCGGCAAGCGUCUCCUCGGCGCAGCCCCGAACCGGGAGGCCUGGAGCCCGGCCCAGCGCGCGUCCCCGCCGGGGCCCGAGUCCCGUGCUCGCAUCGGGCUCCCCGCCGCGAGGCACAGGCGCUGCGGGCCUGGCCCGCGCGCCGCCCCCGGGUCUCCCCGCCCGACGCAAACCUCUCCUCUCCCCGCGAUGGGUACGGGCAGCUCCCGGCGGCCGUGGUGGCCGCCGCUGCUGCUGCUCCUGCUACUGCUCCUGGGACCCGCGGGCGCCCGCGCGCAGGAGGACGAAGACGGCGACUACGAGGAGCUGGUGCUCGCCUUCCGGUCGGAGGAGGACAGCUCGGCUGACACGGCCCAGAACGUGGCCACCGCCACCUUCCACCGCUGCGCAAAGGAUGCCUGGAGGUUGCCAGGCACCUACAUGGUGGUGCUGAAGGAAGAGACCCACCGCUCGCAGACGGAGCGCACCGCCCGCCGCCUGCAGGCCCAGGCCGCCCACCGCGGCUACCUCACCAAGAUCCUGCACGUCUUCCACGACCUUGUCCCCGGCUUCCUGGUGAAGAUGAGCGGUGACCUGCUGGAGCUGGCCCUGACGUUGCCCCACGUCCAGUACAUCGAGGAGGACUCCUUCGUCUUUGCCCAGAGUAUCCCGUGGAACUUAGAGCGGAUUCUCCCUGCGCGGCGCCAGGCGGAUGAACACCACGCUCCUACUGGAGGUGGCCUGGUGGAGGUAUAUUUCUUAGACACCAGUAUCCAAAGUGGCCACCGGGAAAUUGAGGGCAGGGUGGUAGUCACUGACUUCGAGAACGUGCCCGAAGAGGAUGGGACACGCUUCCACAGACAGGCGAACAAGUGUGACAGCCACGGCACCCACUUGGCAGGGGUGGUCAGUGGCCGGGAUGCUGGCGUGGCCAAGGGCGCCAGCCUGCGCAGCCUGCGUGUUCUCAACUGCCAAGGGAAGGGCACGGUGAGCAGCACACUCACAGGCCUGGAGUUUAUUCGGAAGAGCCAGCUGGCCCAGCCGGCGGGCCGGUUGGUAGUGCUGCUGCCCCUGGCGGGUGGGUACAGCCCGGCCCUCAACGCCGCCUGCCAGCACCUGGCUGGGACCGGGGCAGUGCUGGUGGCCGCUGCCGGCAACUUCAGGGAUGACGCCUGUCUCUAUUCCCCGGCCUCAGCUCCCGAGGUCAUUACUGUUGGGGCCACCAAUGCCCAGGACCAGCCGGUGACCCUGGGGGUCCUGGGGACCAACUUUGGCCGCUGCGUGGACCUCUUUGCCCCAGGGGAUGACAUCAUUGGUGCCUCCAGUGACUGCAGCACCUGCUUCACAUCACAGAGUGGGACGUCACAGGCUGCCGCCCAUGUGGCUGGCAUUGUGGCUAGGAUGCUGACCGCCGAGCCGGAGCUCACCCUGGCUGAGCUGAGGCAGAGGCUGAUCCGUUUCUCCGCCAAAGACGUCAUCAAUGAGGCCUGGUUCCCCGAGGACCAGCGGGUGCUGACCCCCAACCUGGUGGCUGCACUACCCGCCAGCACCUAUGGAGCAGGUGGGCAGCUGUUCUGCAGGACUGUGUGGUCGGCGCACUCGGGGCCCACGCGGAUGGCCACGGCCGAGGCCCGCUGUGCUGCCCCUGAGGAGCUGCUGGGCUGCUCUAGCUUCUCCAGGAGCGGGAAGCGGCGGGGCGAGCGCAUUGAGGCCCGAGGGGGCAGGCGCGUCUGCCUGGCCCACAACGCGUUUGGGGGUGAGGGUGUCUACGCAGUUGCCAGGUGCUGCCUGCUGCCCCGGGCCAACUGCCGUGUCCACACGGCUCCGCCAGCUGGAGCCGGAGUGCAGACCCAGGCCCGCUGCCCCCAGCGGGGCCAAGUCCUCACAGGCUGCAGCUCCCACUGGGAGGUGGAGGACCCUGGCACCCCCAGGCGGCCUGUGCUGAGGCCACGGGGUCAGCCCGACCAGUGUGUCGGCCACAAGGAGGCCAGCAUCCACGCUUCCUGCUGUCACGCGCCGGGUCUGGAGUGCAAAGUCAGGGAGCACGGGAUCCCGGGCCCUGCAGAGAAGGUCACCGUGGCCUGCGAGGGAGGCUGGACGCUGACCAGCUGCGGGACCCUCCCCGGGGCCUGGCCCGCCCUGGGGGCCUACGCGGUGGACAACACGUGUGUGGUGAGAGGCCGGGACAUCGGAGCAGGAGGCAGGACGGGCGAGGAGGCCACCGUAGCCAUCGCCAUCUGCUGCCGGAGCUGGCCCUCAGGGGAGCAGGCCUCCCAGGAGGCCCAGUGACCGCCUUGCCCGGGACGCAUGCAUGGGGAAGGGGCCAGGGCCUGGGGGCCGUGGUCCCAGGCCUCGGCUGGGCUUUGAAGUGGUUCCUCCUUCCCCCUUCCUCAGCCUGAGCCCCAGGGAAGAGGAUACCUCUUGCUUCUGGAGCUCUCGCGCUGGCACUCGGUGUGCGCCGGCUCCCCACCUGGGAGAACCCCAGCUCUCGGCCUGGAUCACCCCUUCCCAGGCCUGAGCUGCAUGGGAGGCUGAGUGAGUAGGGCUGCAGGUGCCGGGCAGUCCCUCCCUCGCUGUGGGGCUGGGUCCAGAUGUCACCGUUAACGCUGGUCAGGCUGUGCCCAGCUUCCUGCCAGCCGCUCCCAAGAUGCCAACACUGUGGGUAGAAUUACUUUUAUUGAGCAGUCAGUCAGUCUUCAGACCUCCGUGCAGGAGGUGGUCAUUCUCCUGUGGGUAGGCAGGGAGGCGCUUGAGGGCUGGAAGGGGCCAAAUAUGGGUCAGGGGAAGUGAAAGGUGGAGAUGGCCCCUCAUCUCCUGCCCGCUUUAGGGACGCCCUGUUGGGCUCCCGAAUUAGUGGAGGAUCAGUUUUCCAUGCCUCUGGGGGUGCAGAGUGGCACUGACAAGGGGUGACGCUUCCCCACACGUGGCCAACAUUUCAAAGUGUCCAAAGGGCUCCUCCACCCACCUUCUCACAAGAGUUUCAGAGAAGCCCUGGGGCAAAGGCAGGGCCUCUAUUCAUACCCAUUGGAUAGAUGAGGAUGUUGAGGCCCGAAGCACGAGCCCAGGGUCAGCUGCCAAGAUGCCUUGGUUCAAGUCCUUGCUCUUUAGAGAGAUCUCCAUCAGUUCGGUGAUCUCCACGGGCCCUCCCAGUCCUGCUGUUAAGACUCACCUCCCGAAGACAGCUUGUUGACAAAAUUCCUAGCUCUUGUACCGACCAGCGGCAUGACGGAUGCAGCCAGAUGUGUCCCAGGUGAUCACGAGGCCGUGCCUUUGUUUCUCCCAGCUGCCCUCACCUGGCCUGGUCCCGGCUUUGCAGUCCACCUGGCAUCAGCCUGCAGGGGGACAUCACCCCAGGGAUGACUCUUCAGUUCCCAGUGGAGGGCCACGUGCUCCAUCCACCCUCUCACCCAGUCCUCACACCUACCCUGCACAGUACACACUGUCAUCCCCACUUCAGAGGGAAACUGGGAACCAGGGGUGGGGGUUGGGUGCCCGCCAUUCACACAGCCAAGAAGUGAGGUGGUACCAGGGUAUAAACCCAGAUAUGUCCCUAAAGCCAAGGCUCUUUUUGCUGCACCAGGUUGGGCCCCCCCCAUCUUUAUAAUAACAGAGGCUCAUUAGGGAACACAGACCUGGGGUAGCCCUGUGAGCAAGGACAGAAAACUGGGCAAAAGGCACUGGCCGAUUCACGGGGACCAGAGUGGAGAGGGCUUUGGAGGGAUGCAGGGACGGAGGGGGAAGGGGAGAAGGGGGAGGUGCAACUCUCCCUCCUUGAGCUCCCCUACCCCCAGCCCCACCCAAGCAAACAAGCACGCAUUUAUCAUUUUGGUCUGUUUGUCAACAACUCUCUGCUGCCUUUUUACAGCAAGCAGCUUUUCUAGAUCUCUGUUUUGCUUUUGUAACUUGAAGAUAUUUAUUCUGGGUUUUGUAGCAUUUUUAUUAUACAGUGACUUUUUAAAAUAAAAACAACUUGUCAUGAC